AUGGUGGGGCGGCUGAGCUUGCGAGAGGCGCCGGAGCUCCCGCCGGACUCCAAGCGGCGGGCGCUGGAUAGCCCCGACUCCGGCCUCCCGCCCAGCCCGGGCAGCUGGCUACUCUCGGCCGCCGGAUCCGAGUCCUCCGGGGGAGUCGCCCACGGGCUGCCGCCGGAGUCAGAACCAAAGCCCGGCAGCCUCCCUCCUCCCGGGACUGCCUCGUCUCCUCCUAGCCUGCCGCAUCCGAGCUGCCCCUCACGGCUGAGUCUUCUGUCCUUCGGCGAAGGGGUGGAGUUUGAUCCUUUGCCACCCACGGAUAUCAGGUACACCUCUUCCGUCACCUACGACUCGGAGAAGCGCUUCAUCGACGACGUCUACCUGCCGAUGGGGCUCGGGGUGUCCUCCUGCAGCCAGACGGUCCUCUGCGUCGCCGGCAGCACCUGGCGCCGCUACAAGGCCGAGGUCCGCUUCGAGCCCCGCGUCCGGCCCCGCCGUUUCACCAGCACCACCAUCGUCUACCCGAAGCGGGCCAAGACUGUCUACACCGCCACGCUGGACUACAACUGCCGGAAGUUCACGCGGCGUUUCUUGUCCAGCGUGGAGCUGGAGUCUGCGGGCAGCGACGGCUCCCCAGAAGACUGCUGAGCGCUCGCCCGCCCUCUCUCUUCUCCUGCGGGGACCCAAUGUGUUUCUCUGGAGCCGUGCUUCACUCCGCCCUCGGUGAAGAUGGAUGAUGCCCGCCGGGGUCCGGCGGCCACACGGAUGCCCCUUCUCUGCCCCCAGCUCUCUUCCCUGGCCUGCACUUACUUUCCCUUUACACGAGAGUCACUCACUCCCACCCCCCGCCCAAGGGUGCUUUUCUUCCUUUUCAAAACUGUCACUUUUGUCCUGCUCUUUCAUCGCCUGUGGAGGGGGAAAGGGAAUCUUUCCGCAGGGAUGGGACCUUCCAGACUUUCACAUUGACUCUGGGUACUGUCGGAACCCUCUCGGAUGCUCCUGCGUCAGAGAAGCCUCCCGAUGAGAACUCUUUGUCCUAAGAGCCAGAAGCCAUCAUUUAUUCUUGCACGUCACAGGACCUUGUUUCGAGCGCUUAAACCACCGAUUUGGCCAGAGCAGGCUGGUUGGACGGUGCGCACUUCUCGGAGGGGGUGUCCUCUAAGCCUCCCCAGGGGACGGCCUUGUUGCCUGUCUUUGUGCUUGCGAGGAAUGAAGUUUGAUUGGGACUAUGGUUCAAAGCCGUGCUGCGUAAUCCCAGCGUAGGAGCUUAUCGGCCUCCCACACCUGGGAAAUUAUCCGGAACGUCGUGUUUGCUUUUCAGUUAAUUCCCUGAACCUGUCCAGCCGUUCACUUGUUCGCGUGCACAAGUUGCUGCUGCUGCUGCUGCUGCGCCUUACCAGAGGCAGCAAGUACAAAGCGAAAGAGGACCUUGGGAUCACCAGGAAUGUUUGGCCUGUUUUUGGUUUUGUUUUUAAAUGCAAAGCCUUGGGGACGUUCACUCUGCCUAGUACUGAUCGGUGGUGGCCAUUUGAACCCCAAGGAAGGAGGUGGGAAGGCUCUAGGCUUGGUUCUUGCCGAGAAUAGAAAUGCAGGUAUCUAGAGGUGGGGGGGGGGGGAAAGGGUGAAGGGCCAGCCGUUGGUGCCUGUCCUGUUCUUGUUUCUGCUGGAACUGCGCUGUUCAUGGCUUGUCUGAAUAACCCAUCCCAUGCGCGAAGUGGGGAUGGUUUCGCUUCUGUUAGAAAAGUUCUGCAGCGGGGUGCCAAAUAGCUUGCCCUCUUGGCCCCUUCAGAGAACCUUUUUGCCUCGAGGAUGCAGAGGGGAUAAAGGGCAGCAGACAGCUGAAGUUUUUAGUAGUGGGGUGCCAGUUCGUGGCUGGAUGCUUCCUGACUUGAGGGUAAACCAGGAAUUCCCAACAUGGGUCCCCAAAUGCCAGGCAAGAAAUCCCCAUCACCCCCAUGCCACAAUGGCUUGCCACAUCAGCAGUGGAUGUUAGCAGUUGCAAUCUGCCUGGUGACCCAAGGUUGAGGGUCCCUGGGGUAGACUAAAGGUAAAUUGUGCCGUCGAGUCGGUGUCGACUUGUGGCGCCAGCAGAGCCCCGUGGUUGUCUUUGGUAGAAUACAGGAGAGGUUUACCAUUGCCACCUCCAACGCAGUAUGAGAUGAUGCUUCUUCCUAUACCACUGCUGCCUGAAAUAGAUGUUUCCCAUAGUCUGGGAAGCAUACCAGCGGGGAUUUGAACUGGCAACCUCUAGCUUGCUAGGCAAGUCAUUUCCCCACUGUGCCAUUAGGUGGCUCACUUCCAAAACUGAGCUGGGCUGGAGGCGUGUGGCCAACCCAGUUGCCCUGUGAGCUGCGGACAAAGCCAUUUUGCUGCGUUAAUUGUUUUUUUAAAGGAGUGCUUUUUAUCCUUUGCAAA